AUGUGGGAGAACGUGGAGUGUCGGAGCUGCAUGCUCUCAAGCGGACUCCCGAUCUCACUCCGCGCGCGGAAACUCGCCGCACGCAAGCUCAAAUCUCGGCGGGUGUCAGGAUGUCCGGGCCUGUGCACCGCACGGCUGCCGAAAAAUGGCCUUUUCAGCCCCUUAAAGUGGGUACUCCAUCACAGAACGGGUGGCGCAAGGAGCAUCUGGCUGCUCUCGACCCUCCCGCCGAGCGCUUUUGCGACCCUUCAGUACCCAACUCGUGUCGGAGUCCCGUGA